AUCGGAUUGUUGUGAUUUGUGAUCUUGAUUGUGUGGAUCGUGAUUAAAAAUGUCUCUGCCUGCCAAAUUUGUAAAUAUACAGUAUUUUUAUGAUUAAAAAUAUAAGUUAAAACUUUUUUUUUACACCGGACAUUGUUUAUUACUACGAAUAGUUUUAAUUCUAAUGUGUACCAAUAUGAAAGUAAACCAAAGUGGUUGAUGAAUUGUGACAAUUAAUUAAUAGAACAAGGGAUUUUUGUGAAUUUAGUGAUGUAAAAUUUGGAUUCAAAAUGGCUGAUUCUUAUUACCAGGGAGAUUACAUUAGACAUCCCGUGAUAUACGAGUUGUCCCACAAGUACGGCAUUCCCACCGACAACCUGACGGACACGCAGCUGCCCAGCAAGCUCGAGGAACUGAAGGAAAUCAUCAGACGCGAGAUCAGGAAGGAGCUGAAGAUCAAAGAGGGCGCCGAGAAACUGAGAGGCGUAUCGACCGAUAGGAAAUCGCUCAGUCACGUCGCUACCAUCGUGAAAAACUCGAAUUUUAAAUUGACCGAAUUGAAGAAUGAACUCAGCGAGUUGGAAUCGCAGAUUAUACUAUCGCAGGGCCAGACGGCGCCGUCUUUGGUGCCCUCGAACGGAGAUUCGUUGAACUAUUCGUCAUUGAACAACCACAACAUGGACAAGUGCAAUGCCAAUCUCUACGGCAGGAUAGAAAAUUUGGAAAAGCAACUCAAUAUCGAGCAGAAGGUGAAACAGGGCGCCGAAAAUAUGAUACAAAGCAUCACGGGCAAGGACAAGAAACUGUUGUGGGAGGCCCAGCAAAUGUUGCAAGACUCCAAGAAGAAAAUAGAGUAUCUCAAAAUGAAAAUUACCAAGUUAAAACAUGACAUCGAUUCGAAGUCGCGGGGUUCCAUCCAGGACCUGACCGACAACGGGGACCUGUCCCACGGGGAAUUGGAGCCCAUUUUAGACGAUAGAAUAGAAGAUUUGAAACACAGACUCAGAGUCGAAGCAGCUGUGGUUGAAGGUGCCAAAAACGUGAUUAAACUUUUACAAAACAAUAAUAAUAAGGAGAAGAGCGAGAAAAAGGCUUUGAUGGAGGCUCAAGAAAGCUUGCGCGCGAGCAGUAUGAAACUAGAUCUACUGAAAAAAUCGUUAGAAUUAAGGAAAGCCGCCUAUCCGGAAGAUUCGCCGGUGGCGCAGCAUUUAAAAGAAGAAUUGGCCAAUGCUCAAUCAUGCAGUCCCAUGAGCGUGCACUAUACCAGUUUGCAGCCCUUCAGGGUAGGAUCAGAUACCAGCAAGCACUUCGUGUCAUCUUCGAUGCUCAACAGGUGUGCGGCAGUGACUGGUACCCUCGAAGUAAGACUUAUGGGUUGUCAAGAUCUCUUGGAAGACGUACCCGGUCGACCGAAAAAAGAAUCGGACGGUAGUUCGUCGCCGAUUGACUUGCGAUUUUUCAAAAAAACGAAAAGUUACAGCGUGAAGGAGGAGGUCAGCGAGGAUAUCAUGGCGGUUCUUAAAUUGGACAACACCACCGUAGGACAGACUAGUUGGAAACCGUGUUCGCAGCAGGCGUGGGAUCAAAGGUUUUCUAUCGAAUUGGACAAAUCGCGGGAAUUAGAAAUCAGUAUCUAUUGGAGAGAUUGGAGAUCGUUGUGCGCCGUAAAAUUUUUGAAAUUAGAAGACUUCAUAGACAACGAACGGCAUGGCAUGGCCCUGCAUUUAGAACCGCAGGGCCUACUUUUCGCAGAGGAUGAUCUCAUAGUGGAAGACAAACCCGAAACACCUGGAGAGACACCCGAUCCUCAAGCUCCCGGUUUAGGCGGGGCGCGUCCUUUAGGUCUACAAAUAGAACUACCGCCACCUCCGGAACCUUUACUACCGCCGUCGCCGUCCGUCCCGCCUCCGGUGGCUAAGAAAAGGAUGUCGGUUACGCCGCCGCCGGUUCCUCCAAGGCUGGAUCCAGAGGUAAAAAUGCCUUCUGAAAAAUACAAAACUGGGAAUUAUAUUAUAAACUUAGAAACUAUUACCUCAAAUGAUGCCUAUGAUAUUCUAAAUAGUAUAACUGAUGAACAGGCGGCAAAUUCUGAUUGUGGAGGUGAUAACGACGCAGAAGAUGAUAUGGUUAUCGAAAAAUAUACCAGUUCAGAUAAUAAUUUUCCUAUGAAAGUGACAAGAUAUUCAUCUCCAUGCAGUUCUGUUGCAUCGCUAGACGAACCGUCUAUAUCCAGGAGAAUACCUCCAGGUAGGUCCGUUUCACCGCCAGUCGAUUUAUCUAAACCACGACUACCAGUGUCAAGAUUUUUAUCUUCACGCAGUUCCACUCGAUCCCCAGGUAAACCAUAUACAUCCGGAGAAGCAAAGAAGCAAAAUUUCCAGCCAAAAGUUGAUAAUAUGGAGCUGGAAGAAGAUAGUGAUGAUUCAGUAGCAGAUCCCACAUAUCAACAAUCUAGCAAACAAUUUCAUCAAAUCACAAAUAACUUGGAAGAUUCCUCAGAAGAUAAAGCUAUCUCGGAAGUCGAUGAAGAACUUUCAGAACAAAAAUAUAGUUUUUCACUGAGCGCUGCACUGAAGGAAUUCGACUUUCUCGAGGAACAAGAGAUGUCUCGACCAGGACCUCUUUUGAUUCCUUCUACGGCACCCUCUACGCCUAUACUUCCUCUCGAACAGUUGGUACCGCCUAGUCCCCAGCCUGUUAUCGAAUUCCCAGACGAUGAGCCCGUUUACGAUGCGGUCAACAUAAUCCGAAGACCGGCAGCUAGAGAACUGACCUACAGAGACAGUGCAUACGAAUCCAAAAGACACUCACAAACUGUCGGUCUAAACAUCGAACAUUUCAGGCUGAUCAGCGUCCUAGGUCGAGGCCACUUCGGAAAAGUCAUCCUCUCGCAAUACAAGAGCACCAGCGAGUACUUCGCUAUCAAGGCGUUGAAAAAGGGCGACAUCAUAGCCAGGGACGAGGUGGAAUCGCUCCUGUCCGAAAAGAGGAUAUUCGAAGUUGCCAAUUCCAUAAGGCAUCCGUUCUUGGUCAAUUUGUUUGCCUGCUUCCAGACUGACGCGCACGUUUGUUUCGUCAUGGAGUAUGCAGCCGGCGGUGAUUUAAUGAUGCACAUCCACGCGGACGUCUUCAGCGAACCCAGGGCUGUGUUUUAUGCGGCCUGCGUCGUUUUGGGUUUGCAAUAUCUGCAUGAGAACAAGAUCAUCUACCGGGACUUGAAGUUGGACAACCUCCUGCUCGACACCGAGGGCUAUGUGAAAAUAGCGGAUUUCGGGUUGUGCAAAGAGGGUAUGGGUUACGGAGACAGAACGGGUACGUUUUGCGGUACGCCCGAAUUUUUAGCACCCGAAGUUCUGACAGAAACCUCGUAUACUAGGGCCGUCGAUUGGUGGGGACUUGGAGUACUCAUAUUCGAGAUGUUGGUUGGAGAAUCGCCUUUCCCUGGAGAUGAUGAAGAGGAAGUUUUCGAUUCUAUUGUGAAUGACGAGGUACGAUACCCUAGGUUUCUGUCUUUGGAAUCCAUCGCUAUUAUGAGAAGGUUACUAAGGAAAAGUCCUGAUAGGAGAUUAGGUUCUAGUGAAAGAGACGCUGAAGACGUGAAGAAACAAGCGUUCUUUAGGCACAUUCAAUGGGAGGAACUAUUACAUCGUAGGAUUCCUCCGCCUUUUGUUCCAACAGUGCAAUCAAUGGAAGACGUGAGCAAUUUCGACGAAGAAUUCACAUCUGAACGACCUCAACUAACGCCACCAAAGGAACCAAGACCACUAUCCAACCAAGACCAGAUCUUGUUCAGGGAGUUUACGUACAUGGCCGACUGGUGCUGACACUAGUAUUAAACUCUAAACAAUAUGACAACGUAAAAGAAAGAAAUGAAAAACAUUUCACAUAUCUGUCACGGUUUAGGAAGAUUCAGGAGUUUGGUCGAAAUGUUGUUAAUUCGCGUCGUUUGGGGUUUUUUGCUCAUACAAUUUUAAAAUUUUCGAUUCGAAGUAACUAUCUUGAAUGACUUCCAUGCGCAUGUGAAAUAUAGGAGGCGGGAAAAGAUUAACAGCCACUUCAUAGGAGAAGAAAUGAUAAAAAAGUUGAUGCAUUUUUGUUUAUACGUCGUAAACGUUUUAUUUAUGCUCCUCUCUCCCUUCAUUAUCAGUUUUGUUUCCCUCUUUGUUAAUUUUUUUUUAUAUAUAAUUUAUUGUGUUUUUGUUAGGGAGUUUUAUUCAGGGAGGUGGGAACGGAUGGAGAUGUCAUACAGGUUUACCGUCAUACCAACUAAAUGCACCACAAGGCUGAGCUUAUUUUAAACUGGCAGUGAUAGGGACAGUUUUGUAUUUAUUAGUAUUUAAACAUAUGUAAGCUCAUUAACUGAAUAUUAAAAAAUUUGUAAAUUAGAAAUUAAUCAGGAAAAAUUAAGAAAUUUUGCGCAUUUAGUGUUUGGAUAUGGUUUUUGAAUACUCUUACCUGUGAUAUGUUAUUUCUGAAAAUUUCUUCUCAUCUACACUGAAGGAUUGCAUUGUUUCAAUUAUUAAUUUUUUAUUUUCUUCUAGUUUUUAUAGAGAAAUUACUGUACUACAGUUUUUCACUUUUUGAUUUUAAAUUAAAAAAAAAAAAAAAAUAUUCGACCAGUUUUGACAAUUUUUUCUUAAGUUAGAGAAAAAACAAUUAAAAAUAAUAUUGUCCAAAUGUUGCCCAUUUUUUCCUAGUACUCAAGUCGAACUUUAAAAUUUGUCAUCAAGCUUCAACAAGUUUGCUCAAUUGUGGCUUAAAUUUCAGCCCAAGUAUUGUCCUUCAAGUUUCAUUUUCAUAUGGUGGUUGCAAUAAACUCUACUUUUAAGAUAUAGAGUCAAAUCCAGACUUCAUGGAGGCCAAUUUAUGUUUCCUUUUCGAGAAAUCAGUUUAAAAAAAGAUUCUCGACAACGGACGAUGUGUUGUUAGUGGUGCUUUGUUUUGUUAAAAACCAGGUUUCUUGAUCAAUUUCUUGAAGAGUAGAUGUUUAAAAAAUCACGAAUCAUAUUGACAUGUUUAAUGUUUUUUUUUUAGGGUUCUUUUCACACCAGUAACGACAAUUUUGUUUAUUGACAGCCAUUAAUGUGAAAAUGAGCUUUAUUCGAAACCAAAAAGUUGUCGAGAGAUGGAAACUAGUUUAACAUGUCGUCGGCAAAUACAAAUCUCUAAAUUUUGUAAGGGUGCAUGAAUCAAUCUUUAAAGCAAACCCACGCUUGUGAACAGUCAAGUUUGGUUCUUUCAAUACUGACGCUCUCACAAUAUUAAUAUUUUCAGGGCUUCUCGCUAUUCUUAACCAGUAGUCAUGCGUUUAUUCAUUGUUGAACCAGCCUCUUCAAACUUACGAAUCCACGUCUUGAUUAUGGAGUGUGGGAUUUUUUUUAAUAUGAUUGAAAAAACCGAGAUGUAAUCAUAUUUGCUUUUUUAAAAACUUAAACCAUCUCUGACAUUCAUUAUCUGUCAGAUUCGUUUUUUUUUUUUUUUUUUUUUUGAAAAAUCGAUCAAAAUCGUCCAGAAAGUCCAUUUGCUUUUGCAUAAUUUUAAUAAUCUUAAAACAUUAUUGAACAUUAUUAACAAAAAUUGGUUUGGAAUUGUUAUCUUCUCAUUCCUGCUAAGUUUUUUUGCAAAAUUUUCCGUUAAGAGGAUGUUUCAAAAACUUACAGCUCGGAAUGUCUCGUUCAAAAUCGGUAUGUUGGAGUAAAAUGUUAUUAGAAACAAGUCUCUAAUAACUUUUUUAUAUUUAAAAAAGGCAAUUUUUAAACGAUUUGACAGAUAACGUCACCAGCUAACUUUAAUAUGGGCUAUUUUAAGUUUUUAAAUAAUCGGAGGUGAUUGCCUAACAAUUUUUUUUCCAAUCGUAAUAUUAAAAAAAAAAAUGAUAUAGAUCCAACUUUAUGAUACUAUUAUUAUUAAUUUCUGAGUAUUCUUCAGUGUCGUGUUAAUUGCAAUUUCUAAACAAACGUCGAACGAGAGUAUAAGAAUUGUUGUUUCAGUAAAACACGUUUGCUUAUACGCUAAAACCGACCUUACAACUUAUCUGCAGGGCGAUAAAAAGUAAAAAACUAAAUGAUUACAUACACAUGUCAAAAUUUAAUUCCAAUAUGGCAAAAUAACGUGAUGUCAUCUUCAUCCCUUACCACCUCCCUGGUUUUAUUGGACCCAUUCAUGUUCUAGGUGUGACAAAUAAAACGGGAAAUAUCUGAAAAAUAAUUAAAUAACUACAAUAGCUAAUUAUCCCCUUCAAUGUACUCCCAUUUCCUAUCUACACACUGCUGCAUAUACAGUGCGUUAACUUUUCAAUACUGACUCCAGAAGAACAGUAUAGAAACACAAUGCUAUUAAAUAGUGAUGGGUCGCUUUGAAAAGUACGACGGACUAGUCUGAAAAUUGACUAGUUCAAACACACUUUUCAAAAGUGGAAAAGUGUAAUCCAAAGGUUGGAAGUAUUUUACAAAUGAUUUGCCUAAAAAAACGAAAAGACAAAUGCAAAUAUUGUUCCCAGUGUUUUUGAAAAAACAUCCAGGAUGGAGAUUUAACUGUGUAUCUUCUAUGCUCAAGGUCGUCUACUUUUCAUUCUGACUUUUCACUACUUUUCCGGACAUGUCCGUCGGACUAGUCCAAAAAUUUCUUUUCAUGAAAAGUCCCAUCUCUACUAAAUAGACAACCACGAACCACAAUAUCCUAUCCUUGCCUUCGAAAGGGCGUGAUUAAACCAAUUACUCUCUUUAUUCCCUCGCGUCCAAAUAUAAUUAGACAUCUCAUCUUUAUUUUUGCUUGAUACGUCAGUUAACAUACUGUAUGUGUGUUCCAAUAUUCAAAGCAGUGCUGCAGGUUAUCUGCCGUUUUUGCCUUGACUGAAAAUGUGAUAUAAAAGUCGCAUGGGAUAAGAUCUGGCGAAUACUGGCAGGACAGUUGCUUUUCCAGUUCUUUUUGGUUACAUGUGAAGUUUUUUUUUAUAAAAUUUUUGAGCAAAGUCUCAUUAUUUGCAAUUCUUUAUGCAACAUUUUUUCUUACUGUCUCUCUGUCAAUGUCAGUCUUUCACAGGAAGCAUUACGAUCACAUAAUAAAUCAUCCCGCUCUCUUUUUCACUAUGCCGCUAUUAUGUAAUUGUCACAUCACCUACAUACACUUCUGUUGUUUUGCUUUCUUGUAUUGUACAUGAUCUUUCCCUAAACAUCAUUAUUUUUAUCAAUUUUGCAUAUAUAUAUUCGAAUCAUUUUGUUUUAAUAAAUUCGCAUCGAUUUAUAAAUAGUGUGCUGUUAAUGUUCUUGUCUCUGUAAUUUUUAAACUAAACAUUGUAUUUAAACGAUAAAAAUUAAGCAAGUGAAUUGGUGAUAUUUACUCUACUAUAUAUAUAUACAAUAUACAAAAAUAUAUUCUAGUGCUAUUCUAUUUGCUCCAAAAAAAAAAUUAAAUUUAAAACCUUUUUAUCGACUUUUGCGCGAUUUGUUUAUUCAAUUCCGUUGACUUAGUUCUAAGAGUUGUUGGUGAUUUGUUUCAGAGUUAUUGUUUCAGAAUCGAGUAUAAAAGAGGCCGUUUUUUCGUAUGAUAACGAAAAUCCGGAGACCUAUACCGCUUUAGUAAAUAGUUCGUAUGUUCGCAAAUAUGAAAUAUAUACCACGUUUUUUUUUUUAUAUGUAACCAAUACGCUCUUUUAGUGAUAACGUAAUUUGUGUUCCAUUGACAAUGACAGUAGAGGUAAUUAACAUUUUAUUUCUAUUAUUUUCAAGAUAAAAAUAAUUUGGUUACAUACAUUUAAAUUAUUUUUUACGACAUCCAAAUAAUAUUAAAAAAAAAAAUAACAAAAAACGAAUAUUUUGUUAAAAGUUAAGUGUCAGUGGAACUUAAUUACGUCACUAAUAUACCCGUAUUGAAAAAAAAGUAUUUUACUAUUUUUAAUUCAACUUUUUUUUGGUCUCAAACAAGUGGUGUGUAUUUAAAAGCGAUAAAAUUAGGCACAGUUGGUGUUCUUGUAAUCAAAAUACUCUGCAGAACGUGCGUUGACAGUUGUUGACAGUGCACUUUAUAGAUUAAAAACCGUUCUAUGUGAGUCUAUAUUUUUAAAAUCUAACACGAUUUUAAUUACGGGACCGUCAAUUUUGUGCUCAAUUUUAUGGAAUUUAAAUUAAGUUUUACAAUUACUAAUCAUGUCGUCCCGAUUGUUUUUUUUUUUUUUUUUUUUUUGUAAACACCGACAUUGUCCAAUGUGGACUAGACACAUCACUGCUAGAUCCCGGUAGGUAGUUUUUUAAUUGUAUAUAAUACAUCAUUCGACCCGUUAGACAAUGUUGUCGGUUGUCGAAUUGAAUUACGCCUGUCAGACUGACAUCUAUGUAUACUUCACAUACACUCAGAUAUUGUUCGCUCUUUCAUGAGUCUAUAUUGAUGAAGAACGCAUUUAAAAAUAUAAAUAUUUAAAAAAGUGAUAUUUUUCGUUUUUAAGUUGUUCGGUAAUCGGUGUGUCAGAUGUCAGUAUUUGUUUAAAUGACAUGCGUCACCGAUUAUGAACUAUCACAGUAGAUACCGUAAAAAAAUGUUCACAAAACUGCCUUUGAAGACAUUUAAAUGCCGAAAAUCUCAAUAUACACUGAUGGAAUUUGAUUUAACCUCUUUUUUAUUAGAACUAAUUUAUUAAAUUUAAGUAACAUAUUUUUCGUUAGGUGUUUCAUAUAUUGUACAUUUUGUUCUUCAUAAUUAAGUUGAUGACACUAAGCUUUAUAUUAUUUUGCGUUAUAUUAUUAUUGGUAGGUUUUCUCGCCUAGAUCUAAGAGGUGGAAUUGAAACGUAGGUGAAUAACAAUAUUUAUUUUUGCAUAUCAUAUUUAAUUUUUAUAUAGAUAUAUGUAUAUAAAAUUAUUUUACCUAUUUGAAGUACAUUUUCAAAUUCA